UUCAGUAUUGAGACUAGAUGCGGAUUGUCGACGAAAUGACGCUUUCAAAACUAUCGCCAACGAUAGUCGUCCUGAGCCUAGUGGCCUUGGUGAGCCUGAUGGCUUCAUUGAACCAACCUGUAUUGUCGAUGAAUACCGGUUAUGAUUAUGGCGCGGAGAACAGUCCAACGACGGCAAACCAGUACAAAGAUUUGAAAUGCACGUAUCUUUUGGCCGGAAUGACGCACAUGCGGCUAGUGAGAUUCAUUCUAGAGGACAAAAUCAAUUCUAUCGAUAUGGCGGUCAUUUUAAUAGGCCACUACAACAUCCGAGCGGUGAUAUGCACCCUGUACGGUGUGCCGGACGUGGAAAUCGGCACGUUGUGGAUUCUACUCUUUUACGUAAACAUGGUGCGGCCUUAUUACCAAAAGUAUAUCCACGGCGCGUCGAACGAAGCCGACCGGACGUUGGCCGUGGACAGACUGGUGGUCAUCCACGACUAUGUGGCGGGCAGAAUGCAAAGGGAAUUGACGGACGCCGAAUGUCGACCCGGCAACCAGUUUGACUCAUUUGAAGAUCGGUGCGCGCGUCUGGUGGCCGCCAUGCCAAGCGGCCAACCCCCUGUUAUGAACCUUUUUCACACGGAGGCGGUUAACAACUGCGACGAGCUAAACGUAAUGCUAAAAGAAAAUGACGCAAAAUCCACGUACAAAAAGCGGUACGAAGCGUUGAGGCCCAGAGAGCUGUUACUCGACUACCUGGGCGACAACAAUCCACUCAAGACAAAGUUUUUGUCCCGGUACAACGUAAAUAUCAUCUGGGACGAGACUUCCAAAUUGCUAAAAGACGAAUAUGACUGCGUGCACAAAUUGUGCUCACCCACUGCUUUAGUUCUCCCCUUGUUUAGCAUCAAGAGUUAUUACAAAAGGGUCUUCGGUCUGUUAAAAUGCAUCGCGCACCGGCUGACAUGGAAAUUUUUGUACUACAUUACGUUUACUAAUGAACGUCGGGAAGAUCUCUUGAGCCAAUUGCACUUCUUGCUAUCGAAAUUCCAGAAAAAGUUACACCUCCAAGACGAUCGGGACGUCAUUGAUUUGGUGGGCUACAUCGAUAGGCUCGGCCGAAAUGAAGUAAACAUAGAAAACGUUAUUACUCAACUCAAGUUUAAGCUGCAAAGGUUUAACGUUGUUCUCCAAUGCACGGCCACCAACUCCUGGUCAAAACCGGAUCAGGCCUCUACAAGCGCUGAUCAGGACACAUCCAGCCAAAUGAAAAUCGUACACGGCAUCCUAUCUGACAUACGGGCUUUUAUCGCCAAUCUCAGGUAUGCUUUCCAUAAGGUCAAUUUCCAAAUAAUUCAAUCGAUCGUAAAGUAUGUAGAAGACGAGAGUGAAUGGUAAACGUUAGGUGUAGUCAAGACCUGGGCGAAGGUAGUUUCGAUGUUUUAAUAAUAUUAACAACCUAUUCGAAUUACAUGUUAAUUAGUGAUACCAUUUAAAACUUGUUACUUAUUUAUCAAAUAUAUUUAACAUUAUUAUUAAAACAAAUUAUAAAAAUAAUCGAUAUUGCUGUAUAGAGUUCUGCUAAAAUAAAAAACAUUUAUUAUCUA